GGCAAAAUCUCAAGAAAUGACAAAUUGCACAUUGGUUUGGAAAAUUUCUCGGUUGGUUGAGUUGACUAGCAGAUAGUCCCUCAAAUUCAACCUGGUUCUCUCUCUCUCUCUCUCUCUCUCUCCAAUCUCUUUCUAAUUUUCUUGCCUGACUUCCAACUCAGCACUACCUCAUACAUUUUCUGUAUCCGGAAAACAGUGACCCAGAAUUCACUAUCUGGAUCGGUUCUGUUCACACACAAAAACUAUCCCAGAAGAUUGAAGAUCCAUUUCUCCUCUGGUGUUUGGGUUUCCUCAGUUCCUCUGAUCAAAAGAGAAUUCUGGUACUUGGGUUUCAGUUCUUUCAUUUUUUUCGCUGUCAAUUUGAGCAAUCACUUGCUGAGAUCAUUAAAAGGUUUUUCAUUGGGAUUAGUUAAACCCCUAAUGAUUGAAACUCCAUUUGUUUUACAAAUGCUAUAGUACAAUUCAUACAAUCACCUCUUUGUCUUUUCCAUGUAAAUCAGUCUUGAUGAUAUUGCUGUUGUUGUUUGAUCCAUAACCCAGUUUAUAGAUGCUGGGUAUUCUCAUUUGAUACUUCCUCAGUGAAUCACACUGUAGUGUUUUCUGAUAUAGAUUUGAAUUGAUGAAAUUGCUGUGAUAUUCUUCUUAACUGAAUCGAUUCGACACUUGGGUUACUUGAAUUUUACAUUUUCUUUCGAUAUCAUUCUCCCAAUUCUAAUCCAAGUAUACUAAGGAGUUUCCCAUAUCAUCAACAACCUUCUGUAGUUAUAGGUAACCAUUUUGUUGAUAUCCCAUCAUAGUUUAGAUCACUUUUUUGCACCCAUCUCAAUCUUUGUAAUAGUCAAAUACUCAACUCUGCCACUUACUUGAACAAUGUCAAUCGUCUGCGGUCUCCCACUCCUUGAGUGUGUUUACUGUUUGGCAUGCGCCCGAUGGGCUUGGAAACGGUGUCUCCACACUGCUGGACAUGACAGUGAGACCUGGGGCCUGUCGACUGCUCAAGAAUUCGAACCAGUUCCACGAAUCUGCCGAUACAUUCUGGCAGUUUAUGAAGAUGAUCUCAGGCAUCCACUUUGGGAACCCGAAGGUGGGUAUGGAAUUAACCCAGAUUGUUUAGUUUUGAAAAGAACUUAUGAAGAUACCCACGCACAGGCCCCUCCUUAUUUAUUGUAUCUUGAUCAUGAUCAUGCCGAUAUAGUACUUGCUAUUCGGGGCCUUAAUAUGGCAAAGGAGAGUGAUUAUGCAGUUUUACUUGAUAAUAAGUUGGGCCAAAGGAAGUUCGACGGGGGGUAUGUACACAAUGGGCUGUUGAAAGCAGCCGCAUGGGUUUUGGAUAAGGAAUGUGACACUUUGAAGGAAUUAGUGGAGAAAUAUCCAAAUUACACUUUGACUUUCGCUGGCCAUUCACUUGGGUCAGGUGUGGCAGCAUUGUUGACGAUGGUGGUGGUGCAGAAUCGCGAUAGACUGGGGCAUAUUGACAGGAAGAGGGUCAGGUGCUUUGCUAUUGCCCCCGCCAGAUGUAUGUCACUAAAUUUGGCGGUCAGAUACGCUGAUGUUAUCAACUCAAUUGUGCUUCAGGAUGACUUCUUGCCCCGAACAGCCACCCCCUUGGAGGACAUUUUCAAGUCACUUUUCUGUUUGCCAUGCAUAUUAUGCCUAAGGUGCAUGAGGGACACUUGCAUACCAGAACAAAAGAUGCUCAGAGAUCCAAGGAGGCUUUAUGCACCGGGUCGCCUCUACCACAUUGUUGAGAGAAAGCCUUUCAGAUGUGGAAGGUUUCCUCCAGUUGUGAGAACAGCAGUGCCCGUGGAUGGGAGAUUUGAGCACAUAGUUCUGUCCUGUAAUGCCACUUCCGACCAUGCCAUCGUUUGGAUUGAGAGAGAAGCCCAAAGGGCACUCAAUUUAAUGCUAGAGAAUGAUUCUAUUAUGGAGAUUCCAGUGAAGCAAAAGAUGGAGCGGCAGGAGAGUUUAGUCAAAGAACACACUGAAGAGUACAAGGCUGCAAUGCAGAGGGCUGUUACAUUGUCUGUGCCCCACGCGUAUUCGCCUUCUCCAUAUGGAACUUUCGACGAACAUGAGGAAGGAGAACAAUCCGACAAAUCAAGUUCGACAGGAUCGUCAAAGAGAAGCACGAAGAAAGGGGAAAGCUGGGGUGAACUGAUUGAGCGUCUUUUUGACAGGGAUGAAUCUGGUCAUAUGGUGCUGAAGAAAUCGCCUAGAGCAGAUUGAUGUUUGUAAUUUGAGAACUGCUGUACAAGAGUUUUGAGUAGGUGAUGAACAACAUUCAUUGAUUCCUUGCAGUUUUGUUCUUCUUCUUCUUCAGUCAGAAUUAUUGCUUAAUAGAUUGUCAACAAACUUUUUGAGAAUUAUGGUGUACAGAAAUAUUUUAGUUGAGCCAGGAAGAAACACAGGCCUCCAGGUCGUC